GGCACGCGGGUAAAAAUAAGAGGGAAAUGAGUUCGGCGAUGAAGAGGAAGGAGGGCCGAAGGCCACAAAGGAAACCAAAGGACGGUGAAGAAAUCAGCUUCGAUCAAUCUAUACGACGGUAGAAGCGCCUCUCUGUUGGCAGGGGAGGAUCAACACAAUGGGUUACUUGCCAUCUUCUCUGCGCAGGAAGGCGGCUCACUUGGUUUCCGACUUCACCACCGUUAUCUUCAAUCCAAUCUCCGACCGAUCCUCAGAGCCAACAGAUGAACCAGGGAUGACAAGUCCAAAGAUGGAUUCAGAAAAGGAUUUUGAGCUGCCAGAUGGACCUGACACUUCAUCUUUUACAGCUUUCCUAGUCUCAUUUCUCUCUUCUACAGACCCUCAUGGCCAUGUCGCUGAAGGAUCAAAGGAGCAACAAGCAGGGAAGGGAGAAAUUGAAACGGUUUCGGAAUCAGUAAUAAAGGAUCAUAGUGUGAAGAAAGGUCUGCUUUCAAGAGGCAAACAAUCUGUUGGAAAAGCCAUUCAAAAAAUAGCGCUGUAUGGUGGAUAUAGACAGAUCUCAGAGCCAAAAGCUGAUGAUGCUCCAACAAAUGAUUUAGAACUUGUUGGACAAGAGUUAAAAAAAAUUUCAGAUGACAAGAGGCCAAAGUUUAAAUUACCGGGUAUUUCUGAGCCAUCAUCACUUAUGUCGGAAGAAUUGAGAAGCUUUCUUUAUUUUUCACUGCCUGCAGUGGCUCAAGGGAGGAAUUGGGUGUUGCUUUAUAGUACUUGGAGGCACGGGAUAUCACUAUCAACCAUGUAUAGGAAAAGCUUGCUUUGCCCUGGUUACUGUCUAUUGGUUGUUGGGGAUGAGAAAGGAGCUGUGUUUGGUGGUUUAGCCGAAGCACCAUUACGACCAACUAAUAAAAAAUACCAGGGGACGAAUAGUAGCUUCGUUUUCACAAAUAUUUAUGACAGCCCUGUCAUCUUUCGCCCUACAGGUGCUAAUCAUUAUUACACUCUCUGCUCUCCGGAUUACUUGGCUAUGGGUGGAGGCGGUCACUUUGCACUGUACUUGGAUGUUGACUUGUUGAAUGGUUCAAGUUAUCAAUCAGAGACCUUCGGCAAUCCAUGCCUUGCACAUUCUCAGGACUUCAAAGUGAAGCAUGUUGAGUUAUGGGGCUUCGUUUAUCCUUCCAAAUAUGAAGAGAUGAUAACUUUGUGUCGAACAGAGAAGCCUGGAAUCUGGAGCUGGUAAAUUGAUUCAGGAAAAAUCGGGUCAGAACGAGUUUUAUUGCCAUUAAAUUUACUUUGAGAUGAGUGUAAUAUAUAUCUAAUGAAUCGGUUUUUAUAUUGUGCUGUUCUCAAAGCAAAUUUAUUAGUUUUAAAAUUAAUCCCACUGGAUUUUUCUCUUGCAUUUGAAGGCUAACCUGAUCGUCGAGUUUGGGUCUAACCCGGAUUCACCUUUGCAGGUUUAUGUGAAGCUAUUGUAAAUAUCUAACAUUUUAGUCUGUAUAUAGCUAUUCAGAGUUACUAGACUGUUAAGAUAAUAGAUUUAUCUUACUGUGAUUCUGUGAAGUAUGAAGAAAAACAUGAGGACAUAGAAGCUAAUACCUUCUUGAGUCUUCAGACAAUAUAUAAGGGUUAUGAUUUUGCCCUUCCAGAACUUAUAGUUUGAUCUAGUUGGGACUCAGUAGUUCGAUCUUUUGUUAAGCUUUUUAGAACCCUUUGUCCAAAAGAGUUAAGUCAGUUUUAUAAAUUAAAUUUUGUAGUUUGGAGUUUUA